UGGUAACGUGAGCGAGAUUAUAUUUUUCCACAAGGACUUUUUCAUAUAUUAUCGUAUUUGAAACUAUAGCGACUUGAAUUUGAGUCCAAGCACUUCACACUCUCCGUUUUCAAAAUCUAGUUCGAGUGCCGCGCAGGGAAGCACGAGUCUUAUCUCGAACCUGAGUGGGCAUCAAAUUUGAAUAUAUCUGAGUGCGCAGGCAAAUCCAUAAUGUUGACCGACAAAAUCCGCCUCUCCGGCCCCGAAACCACAGACCCAGAAGACUACUUCGGGCAAUCCCUGGGCGUAAUCUUCCCCGACGACAUCACCAACCAGCACGGCGACCCCUACCACGCCGUCAUCUACCUCUCACCCCGCUUCGGCGAGAUCAAGCUCGAGCUGGCCAAUCCCCAGUGCGACGAUAACCGCAAACUCUUUUCCCACUUCCUGUGGAACUCUGGGCUCCAGCUGGCGGAGUUUAUUGAAGGGGGGGGGGGCUGGGAUGUGAAGGGGAAGAAGGCGCUGGAGCUGGGCGCGGGAACGGGUCUCUCUGGGCUGGUGGCGGCGAGGGCGGGGGCGGAAAGUGUCAUUAUCACGGAUUAUCCGGCGCCGGAGGUCGUCGCUAAUAUCAAGAAGAAUGUGGAGGUGAACUUGCCGGAAGAGUUGAGGAUAGGGAGGGAAGGGAACCCAGCAACCUGUCUUGUAGAAGGUCAUGAGUGGGGGAAAUUGUCUGAGGAUGACGAUUUCGUGCAGAACCAUAAGGGUAGCUUCGACGUUAUCCUAGUCGCUGAUUGUCUGUGGAUGCCAUGGCAGCAUAAGGAGUUGAUGAAGAGCAUAGCCUGGUUUCUGGGCCCUGGCGGAAAGGCUUGGGUAGUCUCCGGUUUUCACACUGGUAGGGUGAAGAUGAGGGGGUUUUAUAACGCUGAAUUGCUCACUGAGCAUGGUUUGGAGGUGGAGUCGAUAGUUGAGAGGGACCCGGAAGGGCGCGAGAGGGAAUGGGUCACUGAUAGGGGGGUUGAAGAUGUGACGGAGAGGAAGCGCUGGCUUGUUAUUUCGGUGCUGAGGAAGAGAGGAUGAAGGCGCUGGGAGUUGUGGUUGAUGGGUGACGCUGUGUCUUUGAAGAAGCAUUGCCAGGGGUCUUUGGACUUGGGCUAAUAGCCGCCCCAAGCGAGUCCAACCCAUUUAUGAGGUUUAAGUUACAUAAGAAGGGUUGGGAAAGGGUCGAAUAGAGUCAGAGGUCGAAAUGAAAUGGCCAUUGGUUCGAUGGUAAUGCUCAAGGCCCAUGGGUGAUCUGCAUUGCUUCAUGUUGUGUCUUUCGGAAGAGUAGGUGAUGGUUGACGCUAUAAAAACAUUACAGAAAUAUUCAACGGAAAAUAAUAAAAACAAAAAAUGAAGGAACUGUAGACACACGACACUAGGAAGGAGCAAUAUUAUCGAAUAGUAAGCACUUACUCCUAACGUUACAAACAUGAAGUCAUCGAAGGUGCGGCCCCUUUGCUAGCAGCGGCACUGUGAUAAUUGCCGAAACCUAAAAAUAAGGUACCGGAACGAGGC